CUCGUCACCAUUAGCACACGUUUAUCAGCGGCGUCAGGACAGAGUGUGAGAACACACUGCAGCCAAAAGCGCGGGAAAUGAGGCCUGCACGCGCCCUGAUCAUCGCUCUCGCCCUGCUGUGCGCGCGGGCCGAGCCUGAGACGGCCGAGGGACACGCGGACAGAGGGGACAAAACCCAGACUGAGACUGAGACGGAGGAAAAGACGGAUGAAAUUACGGAGGAGAAAAACGUCCUGGUGCUGCACGAGAAGAACUUGGACAGAGCUCUGAGUGAGAACAGAUACCUGCUAGUGGAGUUCUAUGCCCCGUGGUGUCGGCACUGUCAGGCCCUCGAACCCGUUUACGCCGAGGCCGCGGCACUGCUGAAGAACGAAUCCUCUCCCGUACGCCUGGCCAAAGUCGACGCCGUGGAGGAGAAGGAACUCGCCAAAGAGUUUGAGGUCAACAGCUUUCCCACGCUGAAACUGUUCACGGAGGGCCGCAGACAGAACGCCACUCUGUUCACAGGGAAGCGCAGUGUGAAGGGCAUCAUACAGUGGCUGCGGCGCCGCCUGGGACCGAGCGCCGCUCUCCUCAACGACCGCCAAGACGCUCAGGAGCUAAUCGACGCGCACAACCUGGUCGUGAUCGGGUUCUUUAAGGACUUGGAAGGAGACAAAGCCAGAGUGUUUAAUGACGUGUCACAGGACGUAGUGGACGUGAACUUUGGCAUCACGAGCAGCCCAGAGCUCUUUAAGGAGUACAAAGUGGAAAAGGAGGCGGUCGUGCUUUUCAAAAAGUUUGACGACAAUCGUGCAGACUUGCCCCUGUCUGAGGACGAGAAGCUGGAGAAGGAUGAGCUCGUCUCGUUCAUCAGCAGCAACAGCCUCGAGCUCGUUAUUGAAUUUAAUGAAGAAAACGGAGAAAAGAUUUUUUCAAACAAAGUCCACAACCACCUCCUCCUGUUCAUCAACACCACCAUGGAGUCUCACGCCGCCCUGCUGGACGAGUACCGCGCCGCCGCCAGGGACUUCAGAGAGAGAGUCCUGUUCAUCAGUAUAGACAUCACCACAGACGUCUCCCACGUGUUAACUUAUUUCGGUUUGUCCGCGAGCGAAGCCCCGGCCCUCCGCUUCAUCAACACCGACACCCUGAAGAAGUUCGCCAUGACGGAGACGUCCAUCACCGGGGACACGCUGAGGACGUUCUGUCAGGACGUGCUGGACGGAAAAAUCAAGCCUCAUUUGAAGAGUGAAGACGUUCCUGAGGACUGGGACAAGAGUCCUGUUAAAGUCCUCGUGGGGAAAAACUUCGAGCAAGUCGCCUUUGAUGAGACCAAGAAUGUGUUUGUGGAGUUCUACGCCCCUUGGUGUGGUCACUGUAAGGAACUGGCCCCUGUGUGGGAAAAGCUGGGGGAAAAGUACCAGGACCACGAGAACAUCAUCGUCGCCAAGAUGGACGCGACGGCCAACGACAUGGAGGAGGUGGCGGUGCAGGGUUACCCCACGCUCAAGUACUUUCCAGCAGGGACAGAGAGAAAGGUGAUCGAUUAUAACGGAAACAGGGAUUUGGAAACGUUCAUUAAAUUCCUGGAUAAUGGUGGAGUUUUGCCAGAAGAAGAAGAAGAAGAAGAAGAAGAAGAUGAGGACCAAGAAAGCAAGGAUGCGGUCUCGAGCGACCCCACAGGCGAGUCGGAGAAACCGUCUAACGGAUCCAGCAGUAAAGACGAGCUCUGAAACAUCUCACACCAACACUGAUUCACACUACAAUAAAAUUCUUCCUCGUUCAUUCUGAUAAACACACAUUUCACACACAUCACACUCAGUGUAUCUGAUGCUUUUGAACAGAAACUGAACUGUUGAGGCCAAGCAUUGAUCAUGUGGAACUAAUGGUUUGUAAUAAAGUGAUUAAAGGACA